AUGGUUUCCAAACUUAUAUAUGCCGCCUUAUUAUCAUCAUUUUUAUUCACUGUCAAUGGGCUAUACGAAGACCAGGCUGGAAAAUUUGACUGGAAACAAGAUUAUGUUGGUGAAGUAAAAUUUUCAUCAAUCGAUGUUGACGUAACAACAAAAAGGUUAUAUGUCGCAACUGAGAAAAAUGUUGUUGCUUCUUUAGCUAUAGACACUGGUGAUAUUAUUUGGAGACAAAUUUUGGAAAAAGGACCCGAAGGUAGUGUUGAACUAAUACAUCCAACCAAAUCUAAAAUCAUUACAGUUAGUGGAGUUGAUGUAAUCAAAGUUAGAGGAUGGGAUGUCAAAGAUGGAUAUUUACAUUUUGAAUGGAGUACAGAGUCUAGUUAUGCCCUGUAUUUGUUUGUAUUUAACGGACUCCUUCAUAAUGUGUAUUAUUCAAACAAUUUAAUAGCUGUUGACACCUACCAUUUAGAGACCGGUGUAAAAGGAAAAGCUACCUAUACUUUUCCUGCACAUUGGUUUAGUGGUUCUGAUCGUUGUGCAUUAUCCUCUGGAAGUCUAGCCUGUCUUGAUGUAGAUGGAAAAUUAAAUAUUGGAUCAUUAAUAAAAUCUAAUACGGAUCGUUUAGGUCUUGAUAUGAUCGGAGAUAAAAUUGAGGCCAUCCCUGGAAGCCCAAUACCUGCAUUUAUUGUUACAAAUAAAAAUGUAGAAAAAUUAGUUUAUGUCAAAGAAAAUAAAAUUCUUGUACGAUCUUCAACAUCCAGAUCAUCAUCGUUUAUAUAUACAUAUAUGGCUGACAGGCAAUAUUUAUUACAAAUUUCUUCACCUAUGCAAGACACCAUUGUAACAGAAGGUUCGAUAUUAGAGGAUUCUACUGUUAUUGAAAGUUUGUCAUCAAAGGAGUCUAAGAGUUCUUUAAAAAUUUCAAAUCCAAGAAUAUCUUCUGCAUUUUGUGGACGUAGUAAAGCAAAUACAGUUAACUGUGUUGCUUUAGUUUCAACACAAGAUCAAUCAUUAAUGCUUCUUAAAAUGCCAGGUUCAAUAAAAUGGCACAGAGAAGAAUCUUUAACUAAUAUUAUAAAUGUAGAGUUUGUGGAUUUACCAGUUUCUGAUAUUGAAGCAGCAAUUGAAAAAGAAUUUGGAAACAAAGAAUCAUUUUUGGAUCACAGUGUAUCAACUGGCGCUUUCAGUAUGUUUGUUCGACGUUUGUUCAGUCAGUUACAACAAUUACGCACUCUAUUUGCAACUGUUCUUGGAAUAAUUGAAUCACCUUCUGAAACGACUGGAACCAAAAGUAAUCUAGUUCGGGAUCAAUUUGGUUUACAUAAAAUUAUUGUAACUGUUACUAGUGCAGGAAAGAUAUUUGGAAUUGACAAUUUAAAUGGUGAAAUUCUCUGGUCUGUUUUGUUGUGUGGUGUUGGAACAUUUUAUGAAAACAGGGUUAAUGGAUUGCCAUCAGCUCCUAUGCAUUUACAAAGAAACUCAAAACAUUUAUCAUAUUCACCAAUGUGUACACUGUUAUUGAAAAGCGAAAAAAUACAGUUUGUUUACAUUUACCCAAUUAAUGGUGAAUCCAAAAAUGGUGUUACACAAGUUCCAUACAGAGUUGUACAAGCUGUUCCUCUUCCAGUUUUGAAUAUUGAGAUGGUCCGUAGUCUAAUAUUGUUUGACAGUUCCAAUUCACCUCAUCUUUAUCCUGCUGAUACACCAUUAUCCUCUAAACCACCUCCAUUGUAUAUAUACAUUGCUAAUCCUACAAAUGGAUUAUUGCAAGGAUUCACUGUUAAUGUACCAAUCUCAGGAAAGGAGCUUUCUGCUAAAGAAGUUUGGAAAACACAAUUCAAUAAACCUACUCAAAUAAUAGCGAUUGGCUCACGAGACGCUAUGGAACAUGUACAUUCUCAGGGUAGAGUUCUGAGUGACAGAAGCGUUUUAUACAAAUAUAUCAAUCCCAACAUGGUGGCUAUUUUGACGUUGGCUCCUGAUACAACACAUAAAAGUGUUUUGACGUUGCAUUUGUUGGAUGCAGUCAGCGGUAUAAUUAUUUACUCUGUUGUUCAUAAACGAGCUUCUCAUCCUAUACAUUUGGUUCAUUCUGAAAAUUGGCUAUUAUGUUCCUAUUACAAUGAUAAAACUAGACGAACUGAAAUAGCAUCUUAUGAGCUGUACGAUGGAAAUCAACUUUCAAACUCUUCAGAUUUUUCUUCCGUUGGAGGUAGUUUAAUCCCCCCAAUUGUAGAAAAGCAAGCUUACAUACUUCCUGGAUUUUUACAAGCCAUGAAACCAACCAUCACUGAAAAAGGAAUUACCAGCAAACAUAUAUUAAUGGCUACUACAACUGGUCAUUUAUUAGAAGUACCUUGGGCAUUUUUAGACCCUCGUAGACCAUUAGGUGAACCUAAAGAAGAAGGAGCGAUACCGUACAUCCCUGAACUUCCAAUGCCAUCUGAAUCUAUGAUCAAUUAUAACAAAAGUCUUAUGCGAGUUGAUGGUAUAUACACUACACCCAGCAGUCUAGAAUCUACAUGCUUAGUUUUUGUUUAUGGAUUAGAUUUAUUUUAUACAAGAGUGGCUCCUUCUAAAACGUUUGAUGUACUGAAAGAAGAUUUUGAUUAUCUAGUAAUAAUUAUUGUUACCCACAUUCUUUUAAUAAGUGCUUAUGUAACAAAAAACCUUGCCUCGCAAAAAGCAUUAAAACAAGCUUGGAAAUAA